AAGAGCGCAGCGCCGGGCGAGCGGCCGCGCAGACAAAGCGGGAGCGCUGCAGCAUGCGGGAUCGCGCAGGGCUCCCUCUGCGAGUGGGCUGGUGGUGGUGGCGGCGGCUGCCUUUUUUUUUUUUUUGCGUGUGAGAGUUAAUUUUUUUUUUUUCUCUCUUCACCAACUUCCUUCCUCCUCCAACUGCCAAAGCUCAGAGCUGAGCGCUGAGAGCAGAGGAAGACCCCGGUCGCAGGCGCCGCUGAGCCGUGGGAAGGAGACCUGAUCGGUGUGUGAAUUCAGCUGUUCCUGGGAGCAGGCACUGGGAACACCAGCAGAUAGACUGUGGCGAACCAAGUGACCAUGACUGAGAAGACCCAAGAACCUCAUGUGGAGGAAGAUGAUGAUGAGCUGGAUGGGAAACUCAAUUACAAACCUCCUCCCCAGAAAACUCUGCAGGAGCUGCAAGAGUUGGACAAGGAUGAUGAAAGCCUUGCUAAGUACAAGAAGUCCCUGCUGGGAGAUGGACCUGUGGUAGUAGACCCAACAGCUCCCAAUGUGGUGGUCACCCGACUCACCCUGGUAUGUGACUCUGCUCCAGGACCGAUCACUAUGGACCUUACAGGUGACCUUGAAGCACUCAAGAAAGAGACAUUCGUGUUAAAGGAAGGAGUGGAAUACAGAGUCAAGAUCCACUUCAGAGUAAACAGGGACAUUGUGUCGGGACUGAAAUACGUGCAGCACACCUACCGGACAGGGGUGAAAGUGGACAAAGCCACGUUCAUGGUUGGCAGCUAUGGGCCACGGCCAGAGGAGUACGAGUUCCUGACACCUAUUGAGGAGGCUCCUAAGGGUAUGCUGGCUCGAGGCAGCUAUCACAACAAGUCCUUCUUCACGGAUGAUGACAAGCACGACCAUCUCACCUGGGAGUGGAACCUGUCCAUCAAGAAGGAAUGGACAGAAUGAGUUCACCCAGUUUGCCUUCCCCCUUCCCAUCCCCUUGCCUCCUGCACCAGUCACCAGGUGGGUCAUGCCCACCACGCUGCUCCUUCCUGCCAUCGUGGCCGGCCACAGCCCUGGCAGCCCUUCUCGUGGGUGCCGGGGCUCUGUGCCAGCAUCGGUUGAUGCACAGGCCUGCAGGCGGCCUUUGCUGCUUCUUCUGAUACACUGAAAGUAACCCACCCGUCCUCACCACCACCCCAUCAUGACAUGUAAUGGGUUAAAUUGGGAAGCAUUUCCCUCCCUCUCUCCCAGUACUUCCUCCUGCUGCCUCCAUCUGUCCUGUACCAACUUCGGUCCCGGAAGUGCCUUUUCUAGGAAACAAGAUCACCUGGCAGGGCAGACUGGUCCCUGGAAAAUCCCUAUCCGAGUUAUACUUGCCAUGUGCUCUGACUCAUUGUAAAUGGUUACUUACCUCCCACAUAGUCUCCUGGUCUGUAUCUGGUGCCCUACCCCAUUAAAAUCCAUCCUCGUGCAGGCAAAACCAGUCAGGGGGAAUGCAGCUAGAUGCUGUAACAAGACUUCAGUGUCCCAAGAAUAAAACCAGUUUCUUUCUUCUUU